GAGAGGUCCUCACUGUGCACAAAGGCAGCUUCCGAGUGGGCAGCGUCAGCGCGAGCGGCGAGAGAAACACCCUCCGGACCGCGUCCCACCAUCCGAACUCGAGAGUUCACCGAGUGAGCGUUGCUUUUCAAAAGUUUGUAAAAGGGGUCUCUGAGAUGGAGGUUACUAACACAGAAGAUCAAGGAAGCCUGACUAGAGACAAAUGCUGCCAGACCGAGACACUCCAGAACUGCUGUUGCCAAACAACAGAAUCCCUUCAAGAGCCUUGUGGCAAAAAUCCAGUGCAUUCGAUUGAGCCUGGUGAUCCUCCACUGCUUCAACAGCAGCUCCAGACGUCCAAGUCAGGAAUUCAUCAGAUCAUUGAGUGUUUUCGCACAGGGACCACUAAACUCAGACACAUGCUGUUGAAGGAAGUUGACACCAUAUUUGAGUGUAAACUCUGUCGUAGUCUGUUUCGUGGUCUACCAAAUCUGAUCACACACAAGGAGUUCUACUGCAUUUCCCGGCAACCUGAGUCAGAUGAGCCCUCACAAGGAGGGCAGAGCCAGGCCAUCAAAGAACUUCUUCAAGCUAUCUAUCCACAGAAAGACAGAGAGGAACAUGUCAUUCAUCUGGAGGUCAUUGAGACCAACCCCAAUGCGGUUUUCCAGCAUGUAUCACCAGUGGAUGUUCAGGACACACCUGAUAUCACUACCUCCUACACUGAGAUCCCAGUACCCGAGAAAAAAAAUCGCUGGAAAUCUAUUUUGUCUCCCAAAAAGUUUCAACAGUCAGAUAUUGAGGACGAGAUGGAGACCGAACCAGAUGAGCCACCUCCUCAAGAAGGUCCAAGCUCUGAAGAGCCAGCAAUACCUGAACAGGCAGAAGGGGAGGAAGAUGAAGAGCAGGGUGCCACUUCUGAGAUAAAGGAGAUGAGGAUCUCCUGCUGCCUUUGCGGCAAAGAUUUCGGGUCCAGGCGCAGCAUACGCCGCCAUUGCCGCAAAAUGCACUGGCAGAGGCUAGAGGAGUUGCGUAAAUUUACGGAGACGCGUACAGUGCCCAUCAGCCUGCUGUCUGUCGUGAAGGACAAACAUCCUGUAGAUCCACCACCAUCACCUGGGAAGAGCUGCCCGGUGUGUAAAAAGUCCUUUGCAACCAAGGCCAAUGUCCGACGGCAUUUUGACGAGGUCCAUCGCGGCUUGAGGCGAGACUUGAUCACGCCAGACAUUGCUACAAGACCUGGCCAGCCUCUUUUACUCGAUGCUUCUCCUCCGAAACUACCAAGCUCUCCUCAGAAGCAAGAGCAGAAACAGAUCAACCUGACAAAUUGCCGCUGCAAGCUGUGCAAAAGGAAGUACAGCUCCCAGUUAAUGCUUCGGAGGCACAUGCGCAUUGUCCACAAGAAGCAUGUGCUAGAAAACGGCACAGUCACCAGCAGUGUUAUCUCGAAACCAAAGGCCAAAACAAAGUACGAGGGAAAAGAUAAGGUUAGCUCAAAGAAAAACUCUCUUUCCACUUUCAAAAACCGUAAGAAGAGUGCCUCAUCAAAGACAAAAAAGGUGAAGUCCGCAGAGGACAAUGGAGACCACAGUGUGGGUUUCGACUUCAAGAGGAUCUACUGCUGGUUGUGUAAACGUCAGUUCAGCACCGGUCAGAACUUGAGGAAGCACAUUUCUGAGCUGCAUACAGAUGGGAGCGACAGCAUCUAUAUCAAGUUCUAUCGCUGCCCCAUGUGCAGGUACGAGUCACGGCGCAAGCGCGAUGUUAUUCGCCAUAUUACAGUGGUUCACAAAAAGUCCUCACGCUAUUUGGCUAAGGUAAUGCCGGCUUUGGAGAACCAGGCAGUGAAGAAACCAGCUGAGGUGGUCUUAAGCAGCACAACGAAAAAAACGAAUUCAGAAGAUGAGGGUAGUGGGACGCAUAAUACAGAGGACACUUACAAGCAGGAGCCACCAGAAUCCUCUAUGGUUCGUGAACAAGAUCCUCUUCCCAAAGCGAAGAAACAAGAAUCCCCAACGUCCCCCAAUACUCGAAAGCAUUCUGCUCUUACAUCACUCAACACAGACAAACAUGAUUCUCUGCUUACCCCAAACUCAUAUAGACAAGAAAAAGACCUUCAGGAGUCCAAGAACCCACAUGUCACUCGGAGUCACAAUCUUACAAAGGGUCCACCCAUCACCAGGAGCCAGGAGUCUUGUACUGAGGUUAGGGUAACAAAAAACUUUUCCCUCCAUGCAUGUGAUAUGUGUGGCCGGGCGUUUGCCAAAAAGGUCUACCUCGAGACACACAGACGGAGACAUACUACCGCCAUCACAAGUGGGGACAAACUACAAGGAAGAAGCACUCGAUCAAAGGCCCUUAUUUGACUUUUGUCUCUCUGAAUACGUAGCACAUUUGCACUGGAUUCCAUGGAUGAGUUUAUCUCCAUGUGAAAGAAGAGGAGGUGAUGUGGACAGACUUUAGGGGUGGUACACAGAGGAUGCUCUCUGCAGAAAGGGGUUGAAUGAAUUGAGAUUGAACUGCACCAAAAAGGUUGUUCCUGGUUUGUUCUCUGGAGGGCGCUGUUACUAAAGAAAUGUGAUCCACCCUCCAAAAGGAGAUUUAUCUUCAGUUGAUGUUCAAAAUGAGUUGUUUUGUCUGACAUGUUGUUUAUUAUUUGGGUGGACAAUUUGUUAAACAUCUUCAAAAUGAAUUUUAAUUAACUUCUAUAUUGAUUAUAAGCCUGCCACUUUUUUGUAUUCUUUCUGACAGUCUGAAAAACACACAAGAAUGUUUCUUAAAUGAGCUCAAUUGUUCCAGUGUAAAAGGUGUUGGAGGUGGCUCUGUAUAUCUUCCUUGAAAUGUACAGCAUGUCUAACUAUUGUUAAAUAUUCAUAAGUAGAUAAGUUAAUGUAACUCUGCUUCAUAUUUUCCUGCUAUGUGAUCAUCUCUCUGAAUAACGAAGGAUUGAAAUGCUGCUAAUUCAUUAGAAAAGUUAGAAAUGUACUCUCAUAUUUCUUCUACCCUUUAAUUCAAAGUCUAUAUUAAGCUGCUCAGGAUGUGUCUUAAUUGAGAACCUAGAUUCUGUUUGAAUGUUUUUAUUUUUUAAACAGCUUAAACUUUGUGUUAGUCUUUACUAAAUGGUUGCAUCUGUGACUAAAAAGAAAUAGAAUACUACUGUAUUUGUUUAGUUUGGUAGCCUACUAAUAACUAAAGCUAACCAAAACUAAUCAAGUUUUAGUAGAUGGCUCUUAUCAUUGCUUUCAUGAACUUAUAGUUAUAAUGAAGUAACUGGCAUUUUAGCAAGUAAAUUGCAAAUACAAUUUCUUUUAGUUGGAGUGCAUGCAGAAUGCUUUACACCCUUUGUUUAUGUGUACAAUAGGGCUUGUUUUGAAAUGCCAAAUCCUAGAUCCACGCUGAAGGUGCACACUCCUUUUUAUUUGUAAAAGUAUAUCCUUGCUUGCAGUAGGAUGUUUUUUGUUCAA